AUGGCUGCUACCGUUAGCCCUCUGUCGCGCACUGCCGAGUUCCCGAGGGAACGCCGCCCCUCGCCCCGUCGGGGCCGCUCGAGUGUGCCCCCUCUCGAGCGCCGGCGUUCGUCCAGCACGACUCCGAUCGACAUCCCCGGUUCCUCUUCUUCUCGGACCUCCUCUCGCUCCUCGCGCGGCCGCGACGCAUCGCCCAAGUCCCUCCCGAAUCUGAACGACACGACGCGCUCCCCGCAUGGCCUCAGUAACCUCCCCGCUGUGGCCGGUCGUCGCAUUUCCGCCACGUCGUUGGCAGCCCCGCUGUUCCAGGCGCACCACCAGCCUCCCCCUGCUACCGCGCCGCCAAACGAGGACCCGAUCCUCUACCUCCCGCCUCUGAUGAGUCGGCUCCCGCACGAGCAGUUUGACGAGGACGACUUCAACACGCGUCUCCCGGACAUUGACCCGGCGAGUCUGGUACUGCACCAGGCGCUGCACUACUUCCGCCCGCUGAAUCAGCACUACGCCAGCAGCUCGUAUCCGCUCGCGUUCAACUGGCACGAGCUCGCCCUCCCCGAAGAAGAGGAGAGGGAGUGGUACGCCGUCGUCUUCCGCAGCCGCAGGAAAAAGGAGAGCGAGAGCUUGUCGCUGUACGCUGCCGACCGCGCUGCUCAUGCCGAGGCGGUGCGCAACGGCGGCCUCGUGAUGUACUGGUACGGCGUGCCCGAUUCUACGGGUCUCAAUCUCGCGACCUGCAUCUGGCAGUCGCGCCGGCACGCUGUCAACGCGAUCAGCGGGCCAAAACACAUCCUUGCCAUGAAGCAGGCGGCGGGCGCUUACGAGACGUACGAGCUCGAGCGAUGGGUCGUCCGUAAAUCGAAGGGUCGCAGGCAUCUCGAGCUUGAGAAGUGGACCGGUGGCGAUGUCGGAUGGUAG